UGACAUCUGGCAUUGCAGAUCCGAUCGAAUUCGUCGUUGACGCCACGGUCUUUAUCACCAGUAUGUUUGUAUUCCUUCAUUGGCCAGUUUCGGUGCUUCUGGUUCUAGAACCUUUGCUGUUAUCCUUUACCUCCUCCCCUCUAUACACCUUAAAUCUUUAUCAUCCAAAGCACUGCUUCAGAGUCUCAAUUCAACUGCGAGUCUCCAAUAUUCUCUAUCGCAGAGUAUCGAGAUUAUUAGCUGCCAGUGUGGCAUGGACAUGUAGACUGGGCUUUCACCUUCCUGUCUUAUUGUAUCCCCCCCUUUUGUCAACCUCGUGAUCUUCUGAUCGUCUGGUUGACUUACUACACCGCCGCAGCACAUAGCAGCGCCUUUCUCCGCUGUGCGCCCAACUAGCCUUCGGCGCCGUCCAGUCACCGUAACCCACUCUCAU